GCAACCUUAGGACAAUAUGGUACCCCCAAAAGGUAAACACAACAGGAGAGAGAAGCCAGCGACCUCCAAAAAAGUUACAUCACUUCGAGCAGGACCCAUCCAAGAGCCCGUCACCAGGUCAUUGAUGCCUGAGGAACUUCAACAAUUACUUCUCAAUGUCUUCAAAAAUGCUUUCGCCGAUCGGCUAGAGGCAGACAUCCACCCCUUGCUCCAGGAGGUGAAAACUCACUUGUACAAUCGAGACUUCUUGACUGCCUUUGGCCGGCAAGACUACCUUGAUGCAUAUGCCGCGAGAUGGAGUCCUUCCCGAGCGUUGGGUUAUCUGCAGGUUAUGACCGAGUCAAAGGAACAAAUACUCCCUACGGUUCAUGAUGUGAACAAGAGCGAUAACCUUGCGACGAGAAUUGUUUGUCUUGGUGGAGGAGCUGGGGCCGAAAUCGUGGCUCUUGGAGGCUUCAUCAGCACACUCGCCCAACCCAAGCCCACCGGAGAGCAACAACAAACCCGAUUCGAGGUUGUGGCCAUUGACAUAGCAAACUGGUCUGCGAUUGUGGGCAAGCUACUCCAGAACCUCACUUCGCCACCUCCACUAUCCAAGCAUGCCUCUGCUACCGCAAAAGCAGCAAAUACUGCUUUAGUCAACUCAGAGCAGCUUCAAGUAAAAUUUCACCAACACGACAUCCUACACGUCGAUUUCUCAGACCUCAUGCCGUUACUCCAAGGUGCUCAUGUCAUCACAAUCAUGUUCACUCUCAACGAGCUCUAUGCAACCUCCUUGUCCCUAACCCAAAAGUUACUGUUGAACCUCACAUCUUAUCUUGAAGAUGGCGCCCUUCUUUUAGUCGUAGACAGCCCCGGGAGCUACUCCACUGUCUCGCUCAAUGGCACUGAAAAGAACUACCCCAUGCAAUGGCUCCUCGAUUAUACACUCCUUCGUCAGGACCAUAGAGAUGAAGCUCCUGCCUGGACGAAAGUCACUGAGGACGGGUCGAAGUGGUUUCGUCUAUCGCAUUCUUUAGCAUACCCUAUCGAGCUUGAGAAUAUGCGAUAUCAACUGCAUCUCUACAAGCGAAGGAGACUUUCAACGGGCUGAAACUACUUGUUCUCUUUCCACUGACUUUGGCUGGCCACACUCAGGAAUAUCCGCCUUUUCUGGGGACUUUGGCCACCAACUAAGACAUCUGGCCCUGAAAUUUUUAUAAAUUGCAACAUUGGUGCUACUGCCUAUUACAACGAAUGGUAACUAAGCCUUCGUCCGAGUCUCACGGUGGAAUUUAUGUCCUGCA